AUGGGCACUGACAUUCCACUCUCGUUCCCGUCGGUCCUUCUGGAAGUAAUCGGCGCGCCUGCGCACGUACGUCCAAGGAUUUAUAUUCCCAAGUGUCAACCCUGCGGAACUUCCAAGACCACCGGACUCUUCUCUGCCCGGACGCCUCGAAGGGCCCUGACACCAAGCCCAGCUCAGACGGGACUCCCGGAACUCGCCCGGCCGCCGACACGCCCCAUUCGCCCCGCCCCUCCGCUUCCGAGGCUCGCCCCUCCCCUCCCCUUCGGGGAUCCUCCCGCCCCCGCUCCACCUCUCCUCGGCUGUUUGGACUCCGUCUGCGCGCGGUUCCGUCUCCAUGGUGACACGGCGUCCCUAGUUCCACCCUCGGAACUCCACGGGAGCCGGGAGCUGUGUCUACUUUCGGGGUCAGCCCUUCGGGUGGUCGGCGUGAAGGAAGCACCAGCGGGUAAGACGUGCCGCGUUCAAUACGACCCAGCCCUCACCUGGGAUUCCCCGAGUCCGGCGCCUAAACCCGGGAACUUCUCUGCCCCUUCCAGAUUCGUGUUCUGCAGUCCCUCGGUUGCCAAGGCGCCGUCCGAGAAGUUCUAUUUUUCCACAAAUGUGUUGAAGCAUCUGGUCGUAUCGUGCUCAAAGGUACACAAAAGUAGGCAGUAUGAGAAACUGUUAGUGCUUGAUCCAAAGGAAAAAGUAAUGUUUGAACCAAAUGAAGCAAUGUCAGGUGAACAGACUAAGUACAUACCAGACAAUCAGGAUGGUUGUAAGCUGAUGGACACUGAAAAUAAAACAGAAGCAGGUCCAGCGGGCAAAAAUGUCAUUGCAAAGCAGGUGAAAAAUAACAAGUGUUGCCUUCAGGACAAUAACGAUAAAUUGUCAGAAUCAAUAGAUGAUGAUGGUGAAGAUGACGCCAUUGAUGAAGAUGAUGGAAACAGUAGCCCGAAUACUGUCCGUGCCCCAUUAGAGUUAAUGACGGAAUUCUUGAGAGCAGAAAUGGACCGAGACUAUCAUCUGGCAAAAAAAUUAUGUCAAAUGAUCCUGAUCUAUGAACCAGAAAAUCCUGAGGCCAAGGAAUUUUUCUCACUUAUUGAAGAAAUGUUGCUGAUGGAGAAAACUCAGAGUCUUGAGGAAGAUCAUGAAGACAGUGAAGAAGACAGCAGUGCUGAGAGUGAAGGAGAAAGCAGCGAGGAACUGAGUGAAGAGAGCACUGAUGAAUGUGAAGAUGGAUGA